AGCCCGCGGCCCCGCUCAGUCUCGGGCGGUCGGCGGCGGGCAUGGCUGGGGGGCGGCGGCCGGCGGGGCUCGCCCUGGGUUGGGGCUGCUGCCUCCUGCUCUGCUGCGCUGCAGCCAGCAAGCUGGAGAUCUCCAUGCCAGCCGUGGUGGAAGUGGAGGUGGGGGACACAGCCAGGAUCGAGUGCAACUUCUACAUCCCUGAAAACGCUUCCUACACCUACAUCGACUGGUUCUACGUGGACCGCAGCAACAAGCAGGUGAGGCUGUACCACGCCACGGCCAACGGGGUCCUGGAGGACGACACGGACUACAAGAAGCGGCUGUCCCUGGGGGAGGACAAGUCCCUGUCCAUCAGCGCAGUGACACUGCAGGACGCCAGGACCUUCAUGUGCCAGGUCGGAGCUGGCAGCUACGGCGUGGGCGAGAGCAGCACCAACCUCACCGUCUACAAGGUCCCCCAGACCCCUGAGAUUGAGCCCAACGCGGGAGGCAUCUCUGUGCACAGCUCUGAUAUCCCAGAGAUCGCCAAGUGCGUGAGCAGAAACAGCUUCCCCCCUCCCAACAUCACCUGGCACAAGAACGGGCAGCAGCUGCAUGCGCAGGAGAACGAGGUGACGAUCCAGUCGACGGUGACGCGCGAGUCGAGCGGGCUGUACACGGUGAGCAGCGUGCUGUACGCGGCCGUCACGCGCGAGGACCGCCACUCGCGCUACCGCUGCACCGUGCACUACCGGCUGCGGGGAGAGACGCGCACCCUGGACUCACGGGGCGUCAAGGUCAACGUCUUCUACCCUGCCGAGCACUUGAAGCUGCAGGUGGUGUCGUCCUCGGCGCUGGUGAAGGAAGGGGACAACGUGACGCUGGUCUGCGAGGCCGAUGGGAACCCGCAGCCCGUCUUCAGCUUCUUUAAAAAAGACCUGGAUGGGUGGCAGGAUCUGUCGUCGCUGGCAGAGCCCGACACCGGGGUCCUGAACCUGCACGAUGUCAACAAGAGCAGCAACGGCACGUACAGGUGCCAGUCCCUGGACCUGGAUGAUAUGUCACAGAUAGAGGAGGACGUGGAUCUUGUUGUGAACUACAUUGAAGGGGUCCAUGUGAAGAUGGAGCCAUCCUCAACCCUUCGUGAAGGGGACAGCGUGAAGCUGAGCUGUGACGCCCACAGCCCCGUGGACCUGAAGUACCAGUGGAGGGACGAGAAGGGCAGGAAGCUGGUGGAAGGGAGCCAGCUCUUCCUGAGCAACCUCACCUUCGAAACCGCCAACACCUUCAGCUGCAAGGUGAUGGCCCCGAGCGUGCCGGGGCUGGAGCAGAGCAAGAAGGUGUCCGUGGCUGUGGAGGGGAAGCCGCGGAUCGUGGCCAUCAGCUCCCCGCUGUACGUGCGCCAGAACGAGUUGAUCAACCUGACCUGCAAGGCCAUCGCCUUCCCCCGGCCCACCGUGCAGUGGAGCAUCAACGGCACGGCUCACGAGUACGUGGACGACCAGCACGUCGCCAGCAACCUGACGGUGCGCGUGAGCCGCGACCUGCUGCAGGCCGGAGCCAUGUGCCGCGUGUCCAACAGGCUGGGUGUCAGUGAGAAGCACAUCCAGCUGGUGGAUCAAAAGUCAACAGUGGAGAGCCAAGGGGUGAUCAUCGUGGCCAUCAUCGUGGCCAUCCUCGUGGUGGCCGUGCUGGGCGCCGUCAUCUACUUCCUGCACAAGAAAGGCAAGAUCCCGUGUGGCCGUGCCGGCAAGCAGGACAUCACAAAGCCAGAGGCCUGUAAAGACAAGAUUGUAGUUGAAGUUAAGUCAGAUAAACUUUCCGAAGAGGCGGGGCUCCUGCAGGGCGCCAACGGCGAGAGGAGAGCCGCAGCUGACCAGAGCGAGAAAUACAUCGAUCUGAGGAACUAGAGAGGAAACCUACUAAGUGCUUUCUUCCUUCCAACCUUUCCUGCUCUUGGAUUGCCUUCUCCCACCCCUGCUCCAGCCCCUGGGGAGCACGGCCAGAGACCCCCCGUGUGUCACCGCGCUGGGCGUGCAGGGGACACCUCCCUGACUCACCUGGCCAUUACCUCAGCCCUGGGCUUGCAGGUGUUGCCUUAGCAGCAAAGCUGGACUCGCUUUACUCCUCCAGAGAAGCCACAGCAAUAUUAGGAAGAACUGUGUCCCAUUAAUCCCUGCCUGGUGGAAGGAUUUGAGGCUCUUUCAGGUAAUCUGUUCUGUACGUGUUGUGGGAAGGUUUCUCCGUGCCUUCUUUUUACCCUGACCUUGCUCAGAGAGGCUGGUGAAGUGUGGGUUUUGGGAUGUCCGAGGCACGUUGGCUGCAUUGGAUGCAGGUGGGAGGAGAGAGGAGUGGAAGUGGGGUGCGUUAGAGAGGUGUUUGCAGCUUCCAAGGGGUUCUGAGUGCUUUGCUUUGUCUUUGAACCGUUCCUGGGUCAGUUUGUCCCGGCAGCGCUGUGAUCCCACAGGAGGACAGGACCUGGCAGAGCAAGGAAGGGGGUGCCAACCUGCAGCAAGGCUUUUAGGGUGUCUGCUUUGGAGCCGCGCUGCCCCGAGGGGCAGGGCUCCCCUCUCCCCUCCGAAUCUGGUUUAUCGCAGGGUCCUGCAGCAGCAGAGCUCCCACAGGUUUAAAUUCAGCGUUAGACAGGGCCAGUCAGUGACGUCUCAGGGUUUUUUUUGUGCUCAGCCAUUGCCAGCCCCGGGUCAAACUCCUCUCUGUGCUUCUCUGGCUCCACGGUGAGGAGGGAGAGGGGCAAGAACCUGCCACGGGCUCCUGUCCCAGCCCUCCCACCUUAUCCCGAGGGAUCAGCCCCUUCUGCCUCUGACUCACAUCCCCUGAGCUCUGCUGGCCACAAGCCUUUGUCCCCUGGGGAGCCCCGCCUGCUACACGUGGUGUCCGAGCAAAAGCUUUGGUUUAUUAUAUAUAUUUUUGUUGGAUUGUGUGUACAUUUCCAGGAGUUUUUGUUCCUGUUUGUUGUUGUUUUGGGAUUUUUUUUUUUUUUUUUUUUCGUCCGAUACUUGCAAGGUUUUUUUUUAUAUAUAUAUAUAUAUAUAUGU